AAAACAGCAAGGGCAAUACAGGAUCAUGACAGAUUUAGAUAGAUGGAUUGAAAUAGUUAAAGAUUGUCGGUAUUUACCGGAAAACGAUUUAAAGAAAUUAUGUGAUAUUGUGUGUGAAAUACUAUUGGAAGAAUCAAAUAUACAACCUGUCAGUACACCAGUCACUGUGUGUGGAGAUAUUCAUGGUCAGUUCUAUGAUUUGGAAGAAUUAUUUUCAAUUGGUGGUGCCGUACCAAAUACAAGUUAUGUUUUUAUGGGCGACUUUGUUGAUCGAGGAUAUUAUAGUUUGGAAACGUUGACACGUCUGCUGACAUUGAAGGCUCGUUAUCCUGAUCGCAUAACACUUCUACGAGGAAAUCAUGAAUCAAGGCAGAUAACAAAAGUUUAUGGUUUCUAUGACGAGUGUUUUAGCAAAUAUGGCAAUGCCAAUGCCUGGAAAUAUUGCUGCAAAGUUUUCGAUUUACUUGCCAUUGCAGCGAUUAUUGAUGAAGAGGUCUUGUGUGUACAUGGCGGUUUAAGUCCUGAGAUUAUUACCUUGGAUCAAAUCCGAACAAUUGAUCGUAAUGGUGAAAUUCCCUAUAAAGGAGCUUUCUGUGAUUUAGUUUGGUCCGACCCGGAAGAAAUGGAUUACUGGGGUCAGAGUCCUCGAGGAGCCGGUUGGCUUUUUGGCCAAUUAGUCACCAAAGAUUUUAUGCAAAUCAAUAAUCUGGAAUUAAUUUGUCGCGCCCAUCAAUUGGUCAACGAAGGUAUCAAAUAUAUGUUUGAUAGUAAAUUGGUAACCGUGUGGUCUGCUCCGAAUUAUUGUUAUCGUUGCGGUAAUGUUGCUGCAAUGUUAAAUUUCCAAACGGCAAAGGAUCGUACAACGAAAAUAUUUGUUGCUGUACCCGAAACAGAUCGUGUUAUACCACCACAUAAUACUACACCCUAUUUUCUAUAAAAAAA